AUGGAGAAUCAGGGGUCUCCCCAGCUUCCUCCAGGUUUAAGAUUUAAUCCUACUGAUGAAGAACUUGUUGGAUACCUCGAGAAAUGGGUUAAUUUCGAGUUUGAUGACGGUUUCAUCUUCAUCCGUGCUAUUGAGCCCGGUAUGGAGCCCUGGUACAUCAAAGAUAAAGCUAAAAUACCGGGACAUGAAGAACAAAAAGAGUGGUAUUAUUUGGUUUGUAAUAAAAGGAAAUAUGAGACAGGAACAAAGAUAGAUAGAACCACAGAAGCUGGAUACUGGAAGAAAUCAGGAUCAGAUACGCCAGUGUUUUCAAAGAAUGGGGAGAAAAUAGGUACAAGGACAAGCCUUUUUUUCCAUACAGGAAGAGCUCCUCAAGGAACCAAAACUAAUUGGACUACUUAUGAAUAUCGUCUCCUAACCUACCCACAUGGACCUCCUGAUCAGCCUCAGGCAUAUCAAGGAUGGGUUAUAUGCAAGGGAUUCAUCAAGAAAAGUCCUCCAAACAAUGAGUCACGGUUAGAAUUGUCGAAUAAUGAUUUGCCUAUUGAAGCAAUUCCCAGCAACCCAAGUUCAACAACGCAUCAUAAUGAUCCUCCCAAUCCAAUGUUUAACCAAACAUCAAGUUUCAAUCAAUUCACCUUUAAUCCAACUAUGUAUACAUCUCACUAUGAUCAGAAUUAUAUGAGCCAAGUGCCUGCAGGUAACCCAACUAUGUAUACUUCUCACCAUGGUCAGAAUUAUAUGAGCCAAGUGCCUGCAGGUAACCCAACUAUGUAUACUUCUCACCAUGAUCAGAAUUAUAUGAGCCAAGUGCCUGAAGGUAACCCAACUAUGUAUUCUUCUCACCAUGAUCAGAAUUAUAUGUGCCAAGUGCCUGAACGUAACCCAACUAUGUAUACAUCUCACCAUGAUCAGAAUUAUAUGAGCCAAGUGCCUGAAGGUAACCCAACUAUGUAUACAUCUCACCAUGAUCAGAAUUAUAUGAGCCAAGUGCCUGCAGGUAACCCAACUAUGUAUACUUCUCACCAUGAUCAGAAUUAUAUGAGCCAAGUGCCUGCAGGUAACCCAACUAUGUAUACUUCUCACCAUGAUCAGAAUUAUAUGAGCCAAGUGCCUGAAGGUAACCCAACUAUGUAUACAUCUCACCAUGAUCAGAAUUAUAUGAGCCAAGUGCCUGAAGGUAACCCAACUAUGUAUACAUCUCACCAUGAUCAGAAUUAUAUGAGCCAAGUGCCUGAAGGUAACCCAACUAUGUAUACAUCUCACCAUGAUCAGAAUUAUAUGAGCCAAGUGCCUGCAGGUAACCCAACUAUGUAUACUUCUCACCAUGAUCAGAAUUUUAUGAGUCAAGUGCGUGCAGGUAACCCAACUAUGUAUACUUCUCACCAUGAUCAGAAUUAUAUGAGCCAAGUGCCUGAAGGUAACCCAACUAUGUAUACUUCUCACCAUGAUUAG